UGGCCAGAGGUGUAUAUAAUCAAGCACCUAGGCAUACAGACUGCUUCUACAAACAUUUGGGAAAGAAUAGGUCACUCUCAGGAGCUCAGUGAAUUCAAGCAUGGUACCCUGAUAGGUUACCACCUGUGCAAUAAUUCCAUCCGUGAAAUUUUCUUGCUACUAAAUAUUCCACGGUCAACUGUUAGUGGUAUUAUAACAAAGAGGAAACAACUGGCAACAAAAGCAACUCAGCCACGAAGUGGUAGGCCAGGUAACAUGACAGAGCGGUGUCAGCACAUACUGAAGCGCACAGUGCGCAAAAUUCGGCAACUGUCUGAAGAGUCAGUAGCUAAAAACCUCCAAACUUCAUGUGGCUUUCAGAUUAGGACAACAACAUAGAGAGCUUCAUGGAAUGGGUUUCCAUGGCCGAGCAGCUGCAUCCAAG